UUGAAUGUCACACGGGAUGUGCAAAGCCAGAGGAGUUGUCACUCGAAUUCGGCUAGAUUUGCGCCACAAAAUAACUGGCAUUAGGGUCCAGACAUCAACAGAAAUUGUUAUUAAGUGCAGCGUAGCAAUCUAAGAAGAAAUUGUAUAUAACAAAGCAAGCGGGGAAAACAAAACUUUCAGUUUUGAUACGAUGAUCAAGUCUAUGGUGAAUAUUCACAUUGGAAUACAUUUAUCUCAUCUGCUUUCAUUUUGAAAGUAAUAGAAUAAAAAGCGAACAUAAUAAUUAAGACAUUAAAUUAUUUUUACAUAAAUUUGUUACUGGACAUGUCAGGGACUGCUGAUUCCCAAACGAAUCAGUUGAUGUCUGAUAUCUUUGGGUCAUCGUGUGACGAGGACUCUGAUAACGAUGAAACAAGUAACAGUGUGCACUCAAAGUCUCGUUCUUCUCUUAUGAAAUGCACACAUGAUGAGUCUGGUUCAAAUUGUGAGUCUGGUAACAUUCUAGACAAAUCAGAACUUACUCAGUCUGAACAUUUUAGCCGCAAUGAACUACAGGCAUUUGUUAAACCAUUGCCACUUGUCAAUGCUGAUGUUAGAAACAGUUUGUGUAGUCCUGGUGCUGGCAGUGAAAAGGUUGAUGGUGGUGAAAUACACAACAAGAAGUUGAGCCGACCUGGUGAUGGUCAUGAUUCCAACACUGCACUACUACAACAAAGUGAGGAAAGUGUUGAUCUGUACAGUGAUAUCCUUCAUCUUGCUGAUGGAGACAAUGACAUAGAGGACCACUGUGGUGGUAGUUUAAAAGACAGUGCUACAGACCAUCUAGGAAGUGAUGACUUUGCUGAUCCUGGCCGCAAAGUGGAACGAUCGGUUUAUUCAAGAGAUGCAUCCAAACUGACGGACAAAGAUACUAGUGUUGAUCUUUAUUCUGACAUUUUGAACGAUGGCUGCUGUGAAAACGGGAUUAUGUCAGGAUCCAUCAACACAGCAGUGCCUGUCAAUCCCAAAUCAUCACCAGGUCGUCACUCGGUUGACAAUAGCUGCCUGAGCUCGACCCAGCCUCUUGUUAAAAGCCCAUUGCCAUCACUUGACUUGUACACUGAGAUUUUAUGUGAUGACGUGGUGAAGCGGGACUUGUCCAACCAGGAGAUUCGAAGACGUUUCUUUGAAGCACAAGACUACAUCUCUUUCCUGCAUGAGAAACUGGACACUGCAAGAACGAGCAAUGAGAAACUCAUCGAGGAGAACUCUGUUCUCAAGAAGAACAUGUCAUCCUUGUUGCUGACCGCACAAACAGAACUCCGGCGAAAAUCAUCUCAGAUUGUGUCACUGAGAAGACAGACUCAUCCUGCCGUUGUGAAUGCUUUGGCCAAACUACGAAAGAAUGGAUACAAAGAUAAUCCUCUUCCUUCGAGUUCCAGUCACUUGUCGUCACUGAUAUCCGAUGAAAGCUUUGAAUAUUCUCAGACACAUGGGGAAUCUUCAACGCCACAUGUACGAGAUACUGACUUUAAAAGCAGUAGGUUGGCCGGCAGUUGUGUUGAGUAUGGUGACAAAAAAACGUCCAGAGACGCAGAUGAAAGUGAAAUACCAAAAAGGAGAAAACAUGAAGAAGACUAUACUAAUGAUUUCGAAAAACAAAAAGUACCACCUUCUGUAAGUGCUAGGGAGAGAACAGCAAAAAGGAUUUUAGAUAAAUGUCCUGGAAGUUCUGACCCUUCCAACAGACAGAGGGAAAAGCACUACUCAAGAACUGGUGACCUCAGAGACAAGAUAGUAGGCAUCUCUUCUAGAGAUGAUAAACAUUCAUUCAAGGAGGACAAAAAGGCAUAUGAAAACGAUAAGAGACGAAAAGGUGAAAAGGAAAAUGGUGUAAGAAAAGAGCACACAUAUGAAAGGGAUAAAAAGACCAGAAGUACCUCCAAAACUGACCACAGUACAAUCCGAGCAACUGACAAAUAUGACCGGAGAGAAAGAAACUCUCAUUCUGACAAAGCUAGACAGAAACAUUUGGACCCAAGAAGUCAUCGAAGUUCCCCAUCUUCCAAAGUAAAGAGCUGUAGUUCACAAAACAGAUAUGCUAGUUCUGAUAAUUCGCCCUCUAGAAUUCGCAGUCAGAUUAAAAAACAUACUGAAAGUUCUCAUGAACGUACACAUUCUCAUAGACAGGGGGACAACCAUUCUACGCCUAAUAAGAAAACGGAUGUAAUCAGUAAGUCAGGAAUGUGUAGUAAAUCUGGAAAAUGCCAUUCUUCAGAAACAGUACGUACUGACAGUGACGAAUGUUAUAUAGCCAGUGAAAUAAACAUUGGUUCAUCUGAUACAAAACACAAGCCAGCGACACAACAUGAUGAAACAUUUUCUGUAAAACGAGUGGAAAGUGACAAAGAACGUCAUAAAGAAAACGAAUUUUGUACAGAGCAGAAAAAGAAGGAAUGUGGAGUAUCUAAAGUUAUUGACAAAUGGAACACUGAUAAGUCUGAAGACUGCAUAACAAAAACAGAUUGUGGCAUGUCACAAUCGGUUAAUAAGUUACAUGUAUGGCAGCGCAGCCAGUCAGGAAAAAGACUGUUCUUGAAAUCGGUCCAAGAAAAUGUAUUGGAUAUUUCACAAAUUAAAACUAAGGAGUUCACAAGUACAAGUUGUCUGUCCUUGGAGUCCACUGAUGCAGUUGCUUGUCCUAAACAGAUGCCAGAAGCUGUAUCUGUUAAAGAUGCUGGUAAUGUUUCAUGCUUGGAAGGUCGGAUGAAAAAACAAAUUGUGUCUAAACAGGUGGAUUCUGCUGUUAGGCCUUGUAUGACUGCAGAAGACAUCACCAAGGAUGAGUGUAAAAUGGAUGUGAGGACCGUGGUAGAUGAAGUAGUAUGCUGUGAUGUCUCUUCAGCAACUCAUGACUCGUUGGAGAACAAGUCACCAGUAUCAGCCAAAUCAACUGUCUUGAAAGCUGGUAAUCACGAUGGUCUAGAGAGGAAUGGUACCCAUCUUUCAAAAGGUGUUUACACAGAAAACACUGACCUCGGGGAUGGUGCAAGUCAUUCAACACCAAUUUCACAGAAACCGGCUAUUCUUAAAGAUGAUGUUGAACAAGAAAAAGGUGUUAGUGAUUCUGACAUGAAAACAUGUACAGAACCAGGUCACCCUGGUAUUGAAACAAGGGGCAGUCCAAUUCACUUGACCUCAGAGUUACCAAACCCGGUUAGUAUGGAAUGUAUUGAUCAUAAUAUUGAACAAGGGAACUUUGUACCAGUUUUACGAGUAGUUGAUAUGGAAAGUGGUGUGGCUAAUGUUGAACAAAGCAAUUGUCCAGAUAGUUCACCACAGGUUUCACCAAACAGAAUUUCUAAGGAAGCUGGUGAUCUGGGGAGAACCAGUCAUGCACCAUUGAUUUCACACAAACCAGUCGUUCUGGGACACAGUCCUUCACCAAAUAACAUUUGUAGGGAUGGUGAUAAUAAGAGUAGUUUAUCACGGGUGUUGGCAAAAUCAAUUGGUUUUCAAGAUGUUGAACAUGUUAAACAGGUAGAUGAUGUGCAUCAUCAAUCAAUAACUUCAGAAAAAACAUUAAAUGUGAAAGGCAAUGAAACGGCUGUUGAACAGAGAAAUAGAGCCAGCAAUUUACCUCUGGUUUCACUAAAACGAAAGCGGGUAGCAGAUGGUGAUCAAACUACUACACAAAGCGAUAGAGCAGUUCAUUCGGUGAAAGAAGUUAUUCUGGAAGGUGGUGACCAUAUUGAUGAGGUGAGUCAUUUGCUGGUUUCACCAAAGGAAACUUGUAUGCAGUAUACUACUGUUGCCAGCACCACUUCACAUAACAGUAAGAAUACGACUACAAAGGAAGUCUCAUCUGUAGCUAAAACUGAUGAGACGAAUGACUCCACAGGGAAAAUACCAACUAACAGUAGUACUCAGAAAAAUGGUUCUAGAAAAAGUACCAAAAAGUUAAAAAAAAUUAAUGGCUCUGCAAAUGUAUUGAACAAUGUUCCAGACGUACCAAAUCUGAAAAUUAAACCAAAAGAGAUACAAGACAGUAAUGGUAUCAAAGAAACAUCAGAAAUGGUUGAAUGUAAAUCUAGUAACCUAAAGGAUGGUGAAAGCAGUGGAGAAUUAUCCAACUUGGCAAAAUCAUCAAAGCACAGUGAUUCAGCAGCUGUAAUGCAGAGAGAGGUUUUGGUAUCUGACGAUCAAGUUACUUGUAACCCAAAGUCAGCUAUUCUCUUUGAGAGUUGUCCUGCUGAAUGUUUGAUCCAACAUGAGAGCAGUUCCAAAAAUGCUGCACAAAAAGUGAAACUACCAAAGAAUAAAGUGCUUGAACAGUGUCAGCCUUCUGGUAAUAUUUCACCAAAAAUUGCUGCGAAAGAAGUGGACAUUGUUCAAAGUACAGAAAAGAAAGAGACCCCUGGGGUAGAGGUAGUAUCGUCCUCACUUGAGACAUUGGGAACUUCUGAUACCAAACAAGAUCACCAACCAUUAUCUAUCAUUGUAAGCAUUCCAAAAUUAAAUAUUAUCAUUCCUGUCCUUGACUGUGGGUCAAACAACCAUGGUAAAGAUGCUAGAUGUCUUGAAAUUGAUAAUCCUGGUAGCAACAAGAAUGAGGCAGCUGUUGCAAAAAAUGUGGAGAGUAAUAUAUUGAAGCUAGACUCAGAGCAUGUAAAACAGAAGCAUACUGCAUCAUCUGCUGUUCUCAGUUCUGGAAAUAAUGCUGAAUCAAAAGGUGAUCCAUUGGAUAAAGAACAACCUUAUGUUCUUCACAAAAUUGACAAUAUUCCACAGGAGAUUAAGUCAUGGAAAUCUAGACUGGACAAAUUUAAGAAGUCCAAUUUCAGCUUAUGUGAAACAAUGGAAUAUCCAGUUUUCUCAAAUGUAUCGGCAAAUAAGAGUGUGAGUUUUAGCACUUUCAGAUACACAAGUGUCAAUACAUCCACACCAAAUUCUAAGCCACAUGCUUUAGGAGUCAAUGAAAAGUUGUCUGAAUCCAAUCAUUUGACCUUCAAUGAAAGUGCAAUAUUGUCUCAUUCUCGGAGUUUUUCCCCUGAAUGUGACAUUGGUUCUGAAGCCGCAGGUCUUGCAGUUCCAGUUGGUGAAACUUGUGUAACACAACAUGUUGAAAUCCAAAAUCAUUCUGAUGUCUUCAAGCUGGACCAUAGUCAGCCAACUUCAAAUCAGUCUGGUGAUGUUGUGUGCGAUCCUAAUCAGACGACUAUUCCCGACAUCUCUGCCAUCAGUGCCACUAAGGUUAUAAAAACUGAACGGUAUCUACCAGACUGUGAAGCAUCCUAUGGUAGCAGUGAUGCGUAUUGUUUGGACUCAAAUUGCGGAAGUUGUGUAGGAUGUGUUAAACUUAGAGAUAAACAAUUUCCAUUUAAAGGGAAUUCUUCAGUUGCUAAUGUCACUGAUAAUAUUGACAGAGACAUGGACAAUGAUUGUGUUGUCGAGAAUAGGAAGGUUGAUAUUGAUGCAGAUAAAGGCCUUCCAUUAAGGGAUACCUUGAAAAAACCAUUGUUUCCAGCUAGAUAUUCUGAUUGUGAUGAUGGCAGAUCAAGUAUCAGUGAUGAUUUACAUAUCAUCCAAGUUUAUUUGGAUGACUCUUACUCUUCCGAUUCUGUUUUAACUCAAGAUUCCUCUGUUACUCUUUCUGAAAUGGUGGAAACUAGUUUUGAGAAUGGAACCUGCAAGUUAGUUGACAGAGACCCACUGACAGAAGAUAAUGCUUCAGACAAAUCAAGUAUAGUAACAGAUAAUGAUGAAUGCUGUAAUUCGUUUACAGUGGCCAAUACCAGAUGUGACAAAUCAGGUGACGUUAGUGUUGAAGAUACUGGUUGUAAGUCAUCAUUUAACACCAUGCAUGAGCAGCUAGAUGUUACUGCUAAUGACAGUGAGAGACCAGGUUCCUUUACAUGUGGUGAUACAGUUGUACUUCCAGAUGAGAAAGUAAUAACAGAAUGUCUUGGGGAGUCACCAGAUGAAAGUGUAAAAAAAUUUGAAGGGUGUGCAAGGUCACGUUUGUAUAGAAAAUGUUUAAAGUCUAAUGAUACAUUUAACAGCCAAACGUCUGUGAACAAUUUAGAAACAGGAAUUGCUGAAGAUUUAAAUACCCAUUCUGGUAGCAAGAUGUGCAUUUCAGCAAGGCAGUCAGUAUGUGAAAAAAGACGUUCACUUGAUACUGGUUCAAGCCUUUUACCUGCUACUAAAAACAAUAUGCUCAACACUGCCGAUGUUCAAACACACUGUGACAAAAACAGUGUAAAUGUAAAAGAGAAUAAAGAUAGCCACAGUGUAGUCCAGGGUUAUGCAUAUCAGCAUGAUGAAGAAAAUAGAGAGGCUGCACAACAGACAUUAAACUCUCAAAAUCUGAUAGAUCACAAGACCAAUACUGAAACAAAGGAGAUGGUGAGCACAAACAGUGGUGAAUCAAAGGAUAUGGUGAGCACAAACAGUGGUGAAUCAAAGGACAUGGUGAGCACAAACAGUGGUGAAUCAAAGGACAUGGUGAGCACAAACAUUGGGGAAUCAAAGAACAUGGUGAGCACAAACGUUUGUGAAUCAAAGGAAAUGGUGAGCACAAACAGUGGUGAAUCAAAUGACAUGGUGAGCACAAACAGUGGUGAAUCGAAGGACAUGGUGAGCACAAACAGUGGUGAAUCAAAGGACAUGGUGAGCACAAACAGUGAUCAAUCAAAGGACAUGGUGAGCACAAACAUUGGUGAAUCAAAGGACAUGGUGAGCACAAACAUUUGUGAAUCUUCAAAGGAUUCUGACUCAUCAGAUUCAUCUGAUGAAGAAAAUUCAAGUUCUGAUGAAGAAAGUUCAAGUUCUGAUAAUACAUCAUCAGAUAGUGACAGUGACGUGGAUGAAACAAAGUCAGUUUACUCUGCUUCAAGUGAAAUUUCUAAUUCUCAGCAGACUGUGAAUGGUACUGACGAUUCAAAUGUUUCUAAAUUAUUUGAGAGACUGAAGCCCAUAAAUGAAUUGUUCAGUAGCAUGCCAAGUAAUGAGAAUGGAAACACGGACACAUCCAAGCCAUGUGUUUCUAAAGUUUCAAAAACUUCAGUCAGGAACACACAGACAAGUAAAGCAAAAGAUUCCAAAGCAAAGGAUACUACAGCAAAAAUAAUUUCAGAUAAAAGUGAUACUAUGAAUGACAAAGACAAUCCCAUUUACAAUGAAAACACCAUUGAGUAUCCAUGCAUUUCUGUGGAUGCUGAUGAGUGUUCAGUGCAGCUGCAUUUGAACAGUGAUGAAACAAUAAGUGAUGAUAGCUCUUUAGAGGACGGGGAAUUAGGGAGUGAAUCUCCACGUGACUACAAUGUUAGCAAACGUCUAACUGAAAGAAAGCCUAAUUAUGAACCCCUGAUCAAAUUGAAGACAUCACACAUUUCAACAUCCACUACUGGACAGAAAAGAGGACAAAGAAAGGGAACCAAAUUGAGUGUGGAUUUGCACCGACCUAUGGCUGGUGAAUCCCAUUCCUCAAAUCAAACCAGCAAGGAAUUGCCAACGUUAAAUCGGUAUAAAAUACCACGGAAAAGUUCCUCGGGUUCACAAAAAAGGCCAUUUUCACAUGCCAACAGCAUUGACAGGUCUCCUAAAAGAAAAAGACUUGAAAAAUCACCCAUGUUUCGAAAACGUGUUGAUUUAAAAGACAUUGCCAAAAUGUAUUCUGGCCGUUCGGCGAGAAUUGCUUUUUCUCCUCGUAAACAUAGUUCAUUUUCUCCUGUUAAAUCACGAGAAAGACGAGUGUCAAGAGUUACAUCUCCACAAAGAACUGUAAAGCACACAUCCCCCAUACAUGGUCGUUCAGUAAAAAGGGCAUCGGAGAGAGGAUGUAAUGGACAUACCUCUGGGAACAAGAAACCAAAAGGGCCAAGAACUCCACCAGAAGUUCCUCGAAGAAAAGAUGAAGGCUGCAGUAGUAGGUAUUUAAGUGAAAUGUCUGAAAGAUGUAGAAGGCAUUCUGGUGAUGACAAAGGUAGAACAAACCAAUUAAGAAGCCCAUCCCCACUGAGAGGGUCUGUGAAAGAUGAUUAUGCUAAUAAACAGAAUGGUAAGGAUGCCAGGAUGCGAUCAUCACAGCACACAUAUAGGAGACGGUCUACUGAUAGCAGUCCUCACAGAUACCAUGGGCCAAGAACACCUCCAAGGAGUUUCAACAAAAAUGAAUAUUUCGAUAACGAAAUGCACAGAAAUCACCAGAAAGAAAAACGUUCUUAUUCUACAGAUAGAUAUGGCAGUAAACAUUCUGGUGAUGGUGCAUGUGAGAGUCUACCUGGAAGAAGGCCUAAGCAUGAAAUGUGUUCAUCAGAUUCAGAUAGUGCUAAAAUCAGACGAACAAAGUCUCAUUCUCCCACUGCAUGCACAUCAAAGUCAUCAUCCUAUGGCCAUUCUAGGUUGUGGAAAGGCCCCAGAACGCCUCCAUCUCCAGUGCAAGAACGAAUUACGAGGCAUUAGAGAUGUCAUAUGUAUAUACAUGUAGUUUGAAAAACAAUUGGUUGUUAUUUAAGGAUUUCGGUAUAGACAAUGCAAAUGGUGCCAUUAAUUUGCAAAUUUAUGUUUUAAUGUUUCAAUUUUUGUUUUUUGUUGAUUAAUAUAUAUUUUUAUCACCACA